AAAUCUUGCCCAGAAGCAUCAACACAAAGAAUUGUAUAUUCUUGCUGAAUCAAAUCCUUGGAGCUCAAAGCAAUACAUUGAAUACCAAAAUAAACGACACUAAACUGCCAUAGACGCCUAGAGCAAUAUAUACUGCUGGCCUAAAAUGGAUUUAAAAGUUUUACAUGAUUGUUUUGCUGGAACUUUGCAACCUGAUGAGUCAAUUAGAGAUCAGGCUGAAAGAUCAUUGAAAAAUUUUUUAACAACUCAACCAAAUUUUUUAUCAUCUUGUAUAAGUUUAAUUGCUCUUUCGGAUAACCAAAUCAAUGAAUUUAUUAAACACUCCACAUCAAUUUAUUUGAAAAAUCAAAUCAAGAAAAACUGGGAGUACACUGAUUCAAAUCCUCCUUCAAAAUCAAGCAAAUCAUCGAUUAUAAUUCCAAGUGAGGAAAAACAAUUAAUCAAGUCAAAUUUGCUAAAUCUACUAUUAAGCGAUCAGUUUUCAAUAGAUUAUAAUUCUUCUUCUAAUAAUCAUAUCAAAGCCCAAAUAUUAGUAUGCCUUCUGCACAUUAUCUCUUUAGAGUAUCCUAAUGACUGGCCAAAUUUACUAAACGACGCAGUAUCACUACUUAACAAUUCCUUGGAUGAACAAAAUAAACUAUUCAUUGGUCUUUACUGUUUCAAAGAGAUUAUGAGACAUUAUAGAUGGAAAGGCAACUCCACUAGAUCAGAGUCUUUAGAUCCAAUUAUACACAACGUUUUUCCCAUACUAAUAGACUUGGCCAAUACAAUUUUGAAUUCUACCAACUCAAUUCCAAAUGAUGUCAAUAAUAUAAACUUGAUUAACAAAUUCAACCAAAAUGGGGAAUUAAUAAGGCUAAUAAUAAAAACGUUUAAAUUUGUCACUUUUACUGAUUUACCUGAACCAUUUCAAAAUAUUGAAAAUGUAAAUUCCAGUUUAAUUUUUCCUUGGAUUAAUUUACAAUUGACCGUAAUUUCAAAAAAAUUACCAUUAUUUAUCGUUAAUCUCUCAAAUGAAGCCAAAAUUUCAAAUCCGUGGGUGAAAUCUCAAAAAUGGUCUUUUGCUAACUUAUUUAAUUUAUUGAUAAGAUUUUGUUCAUCAUCUAAAUUUAAAAGCCAUGAUUAUCCUACUUUCAAAAAAAAUUUUGUUGCAUUGAUCCUACCUGAAAUCAUCAAAAUAUAUUUCAAAUUAAUCUCUGAUUGGUGCCAAGACCCUGUUUCGAGUUUUAUGUCAAACAGCUGUCUUUAUUAUUUAAUCAAUUUAGUUGAUACUUCAAUUGUCUAUCCAAAUACCUGGAAAUUAAUUUCUGCAAAUUUGCAAGAUUUAAUUGCAAAUUUCAUCUACCCUUUAGUGAUUCCCACGGAUGAAGUUAUUAACAUUUUUGAAACGGAUCCUAAUGAAUAUAUUCAUAUGAGAUUGGAUAUCUUUGAAGAAACUUCAGAUUCACCUGAUUUUGCUGCAGCUUCUUUUUUGGUCACAUUAGCUUCAAAGAGGCCUAAAUCUUCUUUGAAUUUAAUUUUGGAGUUUAUUUAUAAUAAUUUAAUUGAUUUACAACACCAGCAACAGUCUAACAAUGGGAUUGAGACUCUUGACAUUGCUAAAAACAGAGAGGGUUUACUACGAAUUUUGAGUUCUAUAUCUUUUAUUUUAACAAACGAAAAUUCCGAAUAUCUUUCACAAAUGGAAUCAUUUUUCAAUCAAUUAGUGUUGCACAAUUUGAAUUCUGAAUUUGGUUUUUUAAAAGCAAGAACCUUAAAGGUUUUAUCGUCGUUUUCGUCAAUUGAAUUUACUGAUAGUUCUAUAAUUGAAUUGAUUUAUCAGGGCAUCAUUAAAGAUUUCAAUUUAGAUAAAUUAAGACAAAACUCGUUAUCACAAAAUAAUCCUAAUAAUAACGGCCUUAAUCAGAAUGAUGACUCUGAUGAAGGCACAUUAGUAAUUCAACUAGAAUCCUCAUUAGCAAUGCAAGCAUUUAUCCAAAAUGAAUCCUUUAAAAUUUUACUUGAAAAGGAUGUAAUUUUAAUUGUUCAAAGGUUAUUAAUUUUAUCUGAUAAAAUCGAUACUGACUCAAUUUCAGCAGUAAUGCAAGAAUUAGUUGAGCAAUUUUUUGAACAAUUACAACCAUUUGGUGCCCAAUUAGUUAAUAGAUUAUCGGAGCAAUUUAUUGGAAUUAUUGUUGGAAACAAUAAUGUUGAUUUAAACUAUUUACAAGAUUCCAAAAAUUUGCAUGAUUUUGAAAUCAGCCCAGAAUAUUUAAAUGAAAGCAGCUCGGAUAAACAGAUGGUUGCAUUGGGUUUAUUAAAUACAAUGGUUACGAUUUUAUUAUCAUUUGAAAACUCUCAAGAUUCUAUUGAAAAUUUACUAAAAUAUUACUCGCCAGUUAUUAAAAUUAUUUUGAUUAAUGGAAUUGAUGAUUACUUUGCAGAGUGUUUUGAUUUAAUCGAGAACACUUCAUUUUUAUCUAGAAAAAUCUUUUCAGAAUUAUGGGAAAUUUUUGAUAUUAUAAUUAUGAUUUUUCAGAUUGAUAAAGACUCCAAUACAUCAUUAUUAUAUUUAGAUGAGAUAAUGCCCUCAUUAAAUAAUUAUUUCGUUUAUGGGUUUAAAGAACUAGUCGAUAAUAAGAAUUUUGAAACAAUUAAUAAAUUUUAUCUUUUAUAUUUCAUUAUUUUAAAUAAUGGUUAUGAGGAGAAUAUUGUGGGAAAUUUGGCUAAUUAUAACAAACAGAUUAAUGAUAUUCAAGAUACAAGACAUCUCAAUAUUAACGGAAUAUCAAUUGCAUGUGAAUUUGCAUCCAAGUUUAUGAUUUCAUUAGGUAAUGAUUGCAGACAAUUUAUUAAGGAUAUUUUGGUUUCAUUUUUUUUAACAUUGCAAAGAAAAUUAAAGAAUGAGUACAUUAAUGAUCAAGAUACUUUUGAUGAAGUUCAAAUUAUUAAUUCCAUAUCAAGUUAUAUAAAACUAGAUUCAAAAGUGAACAAGCUUUUCAAGAGCUAUUUAGCUAAUAGGAAAUUUUCUAUUAACUUUCUUAACUUGAUUUUAGCUGGAUUUAUGUUUGAUACCGUAUUGACGUUGGAAAUAUUAACAGAGUUUCAAUUUAUUGAAUUUUUUUUCCAAAAACUUUGGUUUAAAAGUAUUUCAAAAGGGACAGUGAGAAGAGUUUAUGAUUUAAAAAUCACUUUGAUUGGAUUAUUAAGUCUAGUCAAUUUAGAUAAUCACGAUAUUUUGAAAUUUAACUUGAACUUGAUUAUGAAAGAUAUUAGAGAUAACAUUGUUUUAGUUCUUGGAAAAUUACCAAAAGCUAUCAAUGACUUGGAAACGAAAAAGAAAAGCUAUGCUGCAGACUUAUCUCAGUCUGAUUUCUAUUCCAAUGAGUUUGGGGCAGAUGAAUUUGUUGAUGUUGAAAGUGUAAAUGAAUCAAGCAAAGGUGGUUUUAACGAAAAUGACGGUGCACAAAACGAUGAAAAUAACGAUGACAACAAAGACAAUUUGCUAUUUGAGAUAGAUGAAGAUGACGACUUAUUUGAAGACCCCUUAUCAUGUAAUCCAUUGGAUAAUAUCAACAUUUUUGAAGUUUUCAAAACCAGUUUGAUUGGAUUGAGAAAUAAAGAUGAAAAUAAGUACAAGGAGAUAUUUGAAAAUGGGUUGACUCAUGACCAAAUCACAUUACUCAAAGACGUAUUGAACGUAUGACUGUGAUUCUGUAAUUGUGUUUUGUUGGAGUAGUUAUUCUUUGGUGGUUGCUUCUAUAUUUCUUUAUUAUAUCAUUUCUGAGUGUCGGGGAAAACGAUUUUUCCCAUAUCUAUUUACAUAUCUUUAUACUUUAUUUAUAAUGCAUUAACCAGAAGCAGCUCCGCAGUUCGAAUUUCCACAAAACCAAUCUUU